AUGUCUAAUCCUAAUAAUGAAACAACGGGAGGAGUUUCAGUUGAUGAGCAUGAGAAUGGGCCAAAGCAAUGUAUUCAAUAUGAAGUGGCGCUUGUUGAUUUAAAAGAAGAUAUAAUAAAAAAAGAACAAACUUUAGCGUCAAAGAUCCGUGAUCAUGAUAAACUGGAUAAAAGUGCAAAGGAACUUGAUGAAAUGAUUUCUUUAACACAUUCUAGGUCAAUGAAAGACAUGGAAAAUACAAUCAAUACUGCAAACGAAACAACCAAAGAAAUUUCUGACAAAUUAGUUUUAAUUAAAAAUCAAAUUAAAGCAAAAAGUGAAAUAUUAAAGCAACAUCAACAUUUGUUGUCAAGUUUGCAAAAACAGGUUGAUAUUGAAAAAAAAUCAGAGGAAACACCCAGGGCUAUUCCUGAUAUCCACAAUAUAUUAAAUACUUAUACUACAAAUCUAAUCCUAAUUGCGCCGGAAGGUAAUAUAAUAAUUGUUGUGUAG